AUGGCCAGUACUACGAGAAAGAUGAAGUUCUCAUGGAAGAAAACUGUGAAAGAAGGUGUCAAUGCCUGGGAAAUGCAUGGGCUUGCACACCAAUGUCCUGUGGUCCUCAAGAAAUCUGCAAAGUUCAAAAUGGGCAUUUGGGGUGUUAUCCAGAAAGUGGACGAUGUCCUGAAGACCACUCUUCCUUGGAGUCCCCGACCAGGGAUAAGUGUAUCUCAGAGUGGCUCUUAUGUGGUGAUUGACACCCACUUUGGCCUGCAGCUGAAGUUCAAUGGAGACCAUGAGCUUCUAGUCCACGUGACGGAGAGGUACCAAGGGAAGCUGUGUGGACUGUGUGGCACUUACACCAACAGCCAGAAAGAUGACUUUAUGAGGCCAGAUAAAGUUGUGGUUCAGGAUUUCAAUGAGUUUGGGCACAGCUGGAGGGUGUCUGAUGACAAGUGGCCAUGUGCUUCUGAUCCGCCCCCACCUCCACCACUGUGCCCCCCAAUCUUGGAACAAGAGGCUGAGCAGCACUGUGGGGUCCUCCUGGCUAAAGACGGACCAUUUCAAACUUGCCAUUCGUACAUCCCACCGGUACAGUACUUUGAGAGCUGCGUCUAUGACCAGUGUGCUACAACUGGAAGCACUGAACAGCUCUGCAAUGCACUGGAAUCAUAUGCUGCAGCCUGUGAAAAUGCAGGAGUGAACCUUGGGGACUGGGAGAAAGACACUGUUUGCGAACGUCCCAUCAUCACAACACCAACUGCUGCAUCAACUCCAACAGCCCUACCAGGAGGUUGUCCUAUGGACUGCAACUUUGACAGUGGCUUAUGUGAAUGGACCCAGUCUACAACAGACAGGUUUGACUGGACAAGAAUGCAAGGCGCAACACCUUCCCCGUACACAGGGCCAUCUUAUGACCACACCUCUGGAGGCGGCCACUACGUUUAUAUUGAAGGCAAUCUUGCUGACACAGGAGAUGUAGCUCAACUGGUCAGUCCUGAAUGCACGGCUACGGGGCCUCAUUGCUUCCGAUUCUGGUAUCACAUGUAUGGAGUUGCUCGCACCAUGGCCCUGAAUGUGUAUCUGGUUGAAAAUUCAACUCCAGUACUGAUGUGGACAGAAACAGGCAACAAAGGAGACAGGUGGAAUUCAGCAGAGGUUGAACUGAACAUCUCAGGAAGAUUUAAGAUUAUCUUAGAAGGAGUGAGGGGCAAUGAUUAUCGAUCUGAUGUUGCUGUGGAUGAUGUGUCCAUUGAAUUCAGAUCCUGCUCAGGUACUCCGACAGUCACGCCCCCCACACCCUCACCAUCAACCACAACUACAACAGCAACAACCGUCACAACAAUAGGAUCCACGACUUCCGUGGAAACAGAUCCUCACUACCAGACCUUUGACAAGCUAAUGCAUCAUUUCAUGGGGAACUGUACCUACACAUUGUCCAAGCGGUGCAGUGCUAACAGCACCAUGCCGUUCUUCAACGUUGAAGCUGCCAACGAAUACAGAAGAGGCAAUACACGUGUAUCGUACGUGAGCUAUGUGAAUGUGGAGGUGGACAGCUACAGAAUCACACUGCAGAAGAACAGAGUAGUUAAGGUCAAUGGACAAAUGGAGAACGUGCCGGUGACAGUGACACCAGGUUUACAUGUUGGACUAAGUGGCCGCUAUGUCAUGGUUUCCACUGGUUUUGGACUGCGAGUUAAAUUUGAUGGAGACCACAGAGUGGAGGUCACCCUGCCCAGUUCUUUCCAAGAGAAGGUUUGUGGAAUGUGCGGAAAUUAUAAUGGAGAUCAAGCAGAUGAUUUCCUGAAUCCAGAUGGAGAAAUGGAACCAGACUCUUCCAGCCUGGGCAACAGUUGGCAGGUUCACAAUCAGUCCAAUUGCUCAAGCGGUCCCGUAGUCUUACCAGAGUGCAGCGUAGAAGAGAAAGAAAUGAUUGAAAGCAAGAAUUACUGUGGUUUGAUCAUCGAUAAUAACGGGCCGUUCAAGAAAUGCCACUCUAAAGUAGCUCCAAGAGAUUACUUUGUGAAUUGUGUCUAUGACCUUUGUGAGCUCAACAUGGAUGUUGACGCCCUGUGUAAGAGCCUACAGUCCUAUGCAGAUAUGUGUCAAGCACACGGGGUCGAUAUACCACCUUGGCGGAACUCGACAUUUUGUUCCAUACCGUGCGGACCAAACAGCCACUAUGAGCCAUGCAGCACUGCAUGCCCUGCCUCCUGUGUUAAUCCAAACGCUCCCUCCACUUGUAAUCUGCCUUGCGUUGAAGGCUGUGUCUGUGACAGUGGGUAUCUUCUGUACAACGACAGAUGUGUGUCCAGUAUGCAAUGUGGAUGCUGGCAUGAUGGAAAGCAUUACCCUGCUGGAUCUGAGUUCUGGACCGAUGACACUUGUUCAACGAAAUGCACGUGCCCUUCCCGAGGUGGGAAGUUAACAUGUUCUGCGACCUCAUGUCCUAAGGACUAUUACUGCGGGAUUUCCAAUGGAGUGCCUGGCUGCUACCCGCAUACCUAUGGCAUCUGCAGGGUUCAUAAUGACCCUCACUACAACACAUUCGAUAAAGCUACCCAUCACUUCAUGGGCACCUGCACCUAUACAUUAGCCAAGCUCUGCACUAAUUCAUCCUCGCUCCCAUACUUCAACGUCGAAGCCAAGAAUGAAAAUCGGGGCCAUCCUUCCAUUUCCUAUGUGCAGCAAGUUCACGUAGAUGUUUACAAUCACAGAAUAUCCAUAGUGAGAGGGAACACUAGUAGAGUCUUGGUUGAUGGUGUUUGGAGGACUCUUCCUGUCACGCUACUUGGAGGGGCGAUAACUGCGGGCAGGAGUGGGAGAUAUGUAGUUUUGGGGACCGAUUUCAAGCUCACAGUUUCUUAUGAUACUGAUCACACUGUGGAAGUGAAAGUGCCCAGCUCUUAUUUCAAUGGGACUUGUGGCAUGUGUGGCAAUUACAACAAUCUAAGAGCAGACGAGUACAUGAAACCUGAUGGGUCACAAGCAAAAGAUAGUAAUGAGCUUGGAAACAGUUGGCAAGUUGAAGAUGGUGAUUCCAGCUGUAUGCCCAAUCCACCCCCAGACUUCUGUCUGCCAGAAGCAGAGGAGCUCUAUGAAAGUGACCGUUUCUGUGGUCUGAUCACUAAAAAGGAUGGCCCUUUUGCCAACUGUCUCUCUGUUGUUAAUCCGGAGAGCUUCUUUGAGAGCUGUGUUUUUGAUAUGUGUGCAUUAUCUGGAGCCCAGCAUUUGCUGUGUGAUGCUUUACAAGCAUAUGCAGAUGCCUGCCAGAGUGCUGGGGUGAACAUUCCACCAUGGAGAAAUACUACCUUCUGUCAUCAUGGCGCGCCAGAGAACUGCAGCAGACCCUGCGUGGAGGGAUGCGAGUGCAACAGAGGGUUUGUACUCAGUGGAGGGAGAUGUGUUUCUCUUGACGCCUGUGGCUGCUGGCAUAAUGGCCAGUACUACGAGGUGGACGAUGUCCUGAAGACCACUCUUCCUUGGAGUCCCCGACCAGGGAUAAGUGUAUCUCAGAGUGGCUCUUAUGUGGUGAUUGACACCCACUUUGGCCUGCAGCUGAAGUUCAAUGGAGACCAUGAGCUUCUAGUCCACGUGACGGAGAGGUACCAAGGGAAGCUGUGUGGACUGUGUGGCACUUACACCAACAGCCAGAAAGAUGACUUUAUGAGGCCAGAUAAAGUUGUGGUUCAGGAUUUCAAUGAGUUUGGGCACAGCUGGAGGGUGUCUGAUGACAAGUGGCCAUGUGCUUCUGAUCCGCCCCCACCUCCACCACUGUGCCCCCCAAUCUUGGAACAAGAGGCUGAGCAGCACUGUGGGGUCCUCCUGGCUAAAGACGGACCAUUUCAAACUUGCCAUUCGUACAUCCCACCGGUACAGUACUUUGAGAGCUGCGUCUAUGACCAGUGUGCUACAACUGGAAGCACUGAACAGCUCUGCAAUGCACUGGAAUCAUAUGCUGCAGCCUGUGAAAAUGCAGGAGUGAACCUUGGGGACUGGGAGAAAGACACUGUUUGCGAACGUCCCAUCAUCACAACACCAACUGCUGCAUCAACUCCAACAGCCCUACCAGGAGGUUGUCCUAUGGACUGCAACUUUGACAGUGGCUUAUGUGAAUGGACCCAGUCUACAACAGACAGGUUUGACUGGACAAGAAUGCAAGGCGCAACACCUUCCCCGUACACAGGGCCAUCUUAUGACCACACCUCUGGAGGCGGCCACUACGUUUAUAUUGAAGGCAAUCUUGCUGACACAGGAGAUGUAGCUCAACUGGUCAGUCCUGAAUGCACGGCUACGGGGCCUCAUUGCUUCCGAUUCUGGUAUCACAUGUAUGGAGUUGCUCGCACCAUGGCCCUGAAUGUGUAUCUGGUUGAAAAUUCAACUCCAGUACUGAUGUGGACAGAAACAGGCAACAAAGGAGACAGGUGGAAUUCAGCAGAGGUUGAACUGAACAUCUCAGGAAGAUUUAAGAUUAUCUUAGAAGGAGUGAGGGGCAAUGAUUAUCGAUCUGAUGUUGCUGUGGAUGAUGUGUCCAUUGAAUUCAGAUCCUGCUCAGGUACUCCGACAGUCACGCCCCCCACACCCUCACCAUCAACCACAACUACAACAGCAACAACCGUCACAACAAUAGGAUCCACGACUUCCGUGGAAACAGAUCCUCACUACCAGACCUUUGACAAGCUAAUGCAUCAUUUCAUGGGGAACUGUACCUACACAUUGUCCAAGCGGUGCAGUGCUAACAGCACCAUGCCGUUCUUCAACGUUGAAGCUGCCAACGAAUACAGAAGAGGCAAUACACGUGUAUCGUACGUGAGCUAUGUGAAUGUGGAGGUGGACAGCUACAGAAUCACACUGCAGAAGAACAGAGUAGUUAAGGUCAAUGGACAAAUGGAGAACGUGCCGGUGACAGUGACACCAGGUUUACAUGUUGGACUAAGUGGCCGCUAUGUCAUGGUUUCCACUGGUUUUGGACUGCGAGUUAAAUUUGAUGGAGACCACAGAGUGGAGGUCACCCUGCCCAGUUCUUUCCAAGAGAAGGUUUGUGGAAUGUGCGGAAAUUAUAAUGGAGAUCAAGCAGAUGAUUUCCUGAAUCCAGAUGGAGAAAUGGAACCAGACUCUUCCAGCCUGGGCAACAGUUGGCAGGUUCACAAUCAGUCCAAUUGCUCAAGCGGUCCCGUAGUCUUACCAGAGUGCAGCGUAGAAGAGAAAGAAAUGAUUGAAAGCAAGAAUUACUGUGGUUUGAUCAUCGAUAAUAACGGGCCGUUCAAGAAAUGCCACUCUAAAGUAGCUCCAAGAGAUUACUUUGUGAAUUGUGUCUAUGACCUUUGUGAGCUCAACAUGGAUGUUGACGCCCUGUGUAAGAGCCUACAGUCCUAUGCAGAUAUGUGUCAAGCACACGGGGUCGAUAUACCACCUUGGCGGAACUCGACAUUUUGUUCCAUACCGUGCGGACCAAACAGCCACUAUGAGCCAUGCAGCACUGCAUGCCCUGCCUCCUGUGUUAAUCCAAACGCUCCCUCCACUUGUAAUCUGCCUUGCGUUGAAGGCUGUGUCUGUGACAGUGGGUAUCUUCUGUACAACGACAGAUGUGUGUCCAGUAUGCAAUGUGGAUGCUGGCAUGAUGGAAAGCAUUACCCUGCUGGAUCUGAGUUCUGGACCGAUGACACUUGUUCAACGAAAUGCACGUGCCCUUCCCGAGGUGGGAAGUUAACAUGUUCUGCGACCUCAUGUCCUAAGGACUAUUACUGCGGGAUUUCCAAUGGAGUGCCUGGCUGCUACCCGCAUACCUAUGGCAUCUGCAGGGUUCAUAAUGACCCUCACUACAACACAUUCGAUAAAGCUACCCAUCACUUCAUGGGCACCUGCACCUAUACAUUAGCCAAGCUCUGCACUAAUUCAUCCUCGCUCCCAUACUUCAACGUCGAAGCCAAGAAUGAAAAUCGGGGCCAUCCUUCCAUUUCCUAUGUGCAGCAAGUUCACGUAGAUGUUUACAAUCACAGAAUAUCCAUAGUGAGAGGGAACACUAGUAGAGUCUUGGUUGAUGGUGUUUGGAGGACUCUUCCUGUCACGCUACUUGGAGGGGCGAUAACUGCGGGCAGGAGUGGGAGAUAUGUAGUUUUGGGGACCGAUUUCAAGCUCACAGUUUCUUAUGAUACUGAUCACACUGUGGAAGUGAAAGUGCCCAGCUCUUAUUUCAAUGGGACUUGUGGCAUGUGUGGCAAUUACAACAAUCUAAGAGCAGACGAGUACAUGAAACCUGAUGGGUCACAAGCAAAAGAUAGUAAUGAGCUUGGAAACAGUUGGCAAGUUGAAGAUGGUGAUUCCAGCUGUAUGCCCAAUCCACCCCCAGACUUCUGUCUGCCAGAAGCAGAGGAGCUCUAUGAAAGUGACCGUUUCUGUGGUCUGAUCACUAAAAAGGAUGGCCCUUUUGCCAACUGUCUCUCUGUUGUUAAUCCGGAGAGCUUCUUUGAGAGCUGUGUUUUUGAUAUGUGUGCAUUAUCUGGAGCCCAGCAUUUGCUGUGUGAUGCUUUACAAGCAUAUGCAGAUGCCUGCCAGAGUGCUGGGGUGAACAUUCCACCAUGGAGAAAUACUACCUUCUGUCAAAUCCCAUGCCCAGCGAACAGUCAUUACAACGUCUGCUCAAGCGCCUGUCCUGCAACCUGCACAGAUCAGGGCGCGCCAGAGAACUGCAGCAGACCCUGCGUGGAGGGAUGCGAGUGCAACAGAGGGUUUGUACUCAGUGGAGGGAGAUGUGUUUCUCUUGACGCCUGUGGCUGCUGGCAUAAUGGCCAGUACUACGAGAAAGAUGAAGUUCUCAUGGAAGAAAACUGUGAAAGAAGGUGUCAAUGCCUGGGAAAUUCAUGGGCUUGCACACCAAUGUCCUGUGGUCCUCAAGAAAUCUGCAAAGUUCUAAAUGGGCAUUUGGGGUGUUAUCCAGAAAGCACUGCUACUUGCCACAUCUACGGUGACCCACACUAUAAAACCUUUGAUGGGAAACUUUACCAUUUCCAGGGCGCUUGUAACUAUACAGUGACGGAGACCUGUGGAAAUACAUCCGUCAGCUUCACAGUUACGACUCGAAACGAGCACAGGGGUAAUCCAACGUGGACGGCCAUCAACUCUGUUGCUCUUAAACUUGAAGAUGUGCAUAUAGCUGUGAGAAAGAACAAUCUGGUUUAUGUGGACGAUGUCCUGAAGACCACUCUUCCUUGGAGUCCCCGACCAGGGAUAAGUGUAUCUCAGAGUGGCUCUUAUGUGGUGAUUGACACCCACUUUGGCCUGCAGCUGAAGUUCAAUGGAGACCAUGAGCUUCUAGUCCACGUGACGGAGAGGUACCAAGGGAAGCUGUGUGGACUGUGUGGCACUUACACCAACAGCCAGAAAGAUGACUUUAUGAGGCCAGAUAAAGUUGUGGUUCAGGAUUUCAAUGAGUUUGGGCACAGCUGGAGGGUGUCUGAUGACAAGUGGCCAUGUGCUUCUGAUCCGCCCCCACCUCCACCACUGUGCCCCCCAAUCUUGGAACAAGAGGCUGAGCAGCACUGUGGGGUCCUCCUGGCUAAAGACGGACCAUUUCAAACUUGCCAUUCGUACAUCCCACCGGUACAGUACUUUGAGAGCUGCGUCUAUGACCAGUGUGCUACAACUGGAAGCACUGAACAGCUCUGCAAUGCACUGGAAUCAUAUGCUGCAGCCUGUGAAAAUGCAGGAGUGAACCUUGGGGACUGGGAGAAAGACACUGUUUGCGAACGUCCCAUCAUCACAACACCAACUGCUGCAUCAACUCCAACAGCCCUACCAGGAGGUUGUCCUAUGGACUGCAACUUUGACAGUGGCUUAUGUGAAUGGACCCAGUCUACAACAGACAGGUUUGACUGGACAAGAAUGCAAGGCGCAACACCUUCCCCGUACACAGGGCCAUCUUAUGACCACACCUCUGGAGGCGGCCACUACGUUUAUAUUGAAGGCAAUCUUGCUGACACAGGAGAUGUAGCUCAACUGGUCAGUCCUGAAUGCACGGCUACGGGGCCUCAUUGCUUCCGAUUCUGGUAUCACAUGUAUGGAGUUGCUCGCACCAUGGCCCUGAAUGUGUAUCUGGUUGAAAAUUCAACUCCAGUACUGAUGUGGACAGAAACAGGCAACAAAGGAGACAGGUGGAAUUCAGCAGAGGUUGAACUGAACAUCUCAGGAAGAUUUAAGAUUAUCUUAGAAGGAGUGAGGGGCAAUGAUUAUCGAUCUGAUGUUGCUGUGGAUGAUGUGUCCAUUGAAUUCAGAUCCUGCUCAGGUACUCCGACAGUCACGCCCCCCACACCCUCACCAUCAACCACAACUACAACAGCAACAACCGUCACAACAAUAGGAUCCACGACUUCCGUGGAAACAGAUCCUCACUACCAGACCUUUGACAAGCUAAUGCAUCAUUUCAUGGGGAACUGUACCUACACAUUGUCCAAGCGGUGCAGUGCUAACAGCACCAUGCCGUUCUUCAACGUUGAAGCUGCCAACGAAUACAGAAGAGGCAAUACACGUGUAUCGUACGUGAGCUAUGUGAAUGUGGAGGUGGACAGCUACAGAAUCACACUGCAGAAGAACAGAGUAGUUAAGGUCAAUGGACAAAUGGAGAACGUGCCGGUGACAGUGACACCAGGUUUACAUGUUGGACUAAGUGGCCGCUAUGUCAUGGUUUCCACUGGUUUUGGACUGCGAGUUAAAUUUGAUGGAGACCACAGAGUGGAGGUCACCCUGCCCAGUUCUUUCCAAGAGAAGGUUUGUGGAAUGUGCGGAAAUUAUAAUGGAGAUCAAGCAGAUGAUUUCCUGAAUCCAGAUGGAGAAAUGGAACCAGACUCUUCCAGCCUGGGCAACAGUUGGCAGGUUCACAAUCAGUCCAAUUGCUCAAGCGGUCCCGUAGUCUUACCAGAGUGCAGCGUAGAAGAGAAAGAAAUGAUUGAAAGCAAGAAUUACUGUGGUUUGAUCAUCGAUAAUAACGGGCCGUUCAAGAAAUGCCACUCUAAAGUAGCUCCAAGAGAUUACUUUGUGAAUUGUGUCUAUGACCUUUGUGAGCUCAACAUGGAUGUUGACGCCCUGUGUAAGAGCCUACAGUCCUAUGCAGAUAUGUGUCAAGCACACGGGGUCGAUAUACCACCUUGGCGGAACUCGACAUUUUGUUCCAUACCGUGCGGACCAAACAGCCACUAUGAGCCAUGCAGCACUGCAUGCCCUGCCUCCUGUGUUAAUCCAAACGCUCCCUCCACUUGUAAUCUGCCUUGCGUUGAAGGCUGUGUCUGUGACAGUGGGUAUCUUCUGUACAACGACAGAUGUGUGUCCAGUAUGCAAUGUGGAUGCUGGCAUGAUGGAAAGCAUUACCCUGCUGGAUCUGAGUUCUGGACCGAUGACACUUGUUCAACGAAAUGCACGUGCCCUUCCCGAGGUGGGAAGUUAACAUGUUCUGCGACCUCAUGUCCUAAGGACUAUUACUGCGGGAUUUCCAAUGGAGUGCCUGGCUGCUACCCGCAUACCUAUGGCAUCUGCAGGGUUCAUAAUGACCCUCACUACAACACAUUCGAUAAAGCUACCCAUCACUUCAUGGGCACCUGCACCUAUACAUUAGCCAAGCUCUGCACUAAUUCAUCCUCGCUCCCAUACUUCAACGUCGAAGCCAAGAAUGAAAAUCGGGGCCAUCCUUCCAUUUCCUAUGUGCAGCAAGUUCACGUAGAUGUUUACAAUCACAGAAUAUCCAUAGUGAGAGGGAACACUAGUAGAGUCUUGGUUGAUGGUGUUUGGAGGACUCUUCCUGUCACGCUACUUGGAGGGGCGAUAACUGCGGGCAGGAGUGGGAGAUAUGUAGUUUUGGGGACCGAUUUCAAGCUCACAGUUUCUUAUGAUACUGAUCACACUGUGGAAGUGAAAGUGCCCAGCUCUUAUUUCAAUGGGACUUGUGGCAUGUGUGGCAAUUACAACAAUCUAAGAGCAGACGAGUACAUGAAACCUGAUGGGUCACAAGCAAAAGAUAGUAAUGAGCUUGGAAACAGUUGGCAAGUUGAAGAUGGUGAUUCCAGCUGUAUGCCCAAUCCACCCCCAGACUUCUGUCUGCCAGAAGCAGAGGAGCUCUAUGAAAGUGACCGUUUCUGUGGUCUGAUCACUAAAAAGGAUGGCCCUUUUGCCAACUGUCUCUCUGUUGUUAAUCCGGAGAGCUUCUUUGAGAGCUGUGUUUUUGAUAUGUGUGCAUUAUCUGGAGCCCAGCAUUUGCUGUGUGAUGCUUUACAAGCAUAUGCAGAUGCCUGCCAGAGUGCUGGGGUGAACAUUCCUCCAUGGAGAAAUACUACCUUCUGUCAAAUCCCAUGCCCAGCGAACAGUCAUUACAACGUCUGCUCAAGCGCCUGUCCUGCAACCUGCACAGAUCAGGGCGCGCCAGAGAACUGCAGCAGACCCUGCGUGGAGGGAUGCGAGUGCAACAGAGGGUUUGUACUCAGUGGAGGGAGAUGUGUUUCUCUUGACGCCUGUGGCUGCUGGCAUAAUGGCCAGUACUACGAGGUGGACGAUGUCCUGAAGACCACUCUUCCUUGGAGUCCCCGACCAGGGAUAAGUGUAUCUCAGAGUGGCUCUUAUGUGGUGAUUGACACCCACUUUGGCCUGCAGCUGAAGUUCAAUGGAGACCAUGAGCUUCUAGUCCACGUGACGGAGAGGUACCAAGGGAAGCUGUGUGGACUGUGUGGCACUUACACCAACAGCCAGAAAGAUGACUUUAUGAGGCCAGAUAAAGUUGUGGUUCAGGAUUUCAAUGAGUUUGGGCACAGCUGGAGGGUGUCUGAUGACAAGUGGCCAUGUGCUUCUGAUCCGCCCCCACCUCCACCACUGUGCCCCCCAAUCUUGGAACAAGAGGCUGAGCAGCACUGUGGGGUCCUCCUGGCUAAAGACGGACCAUUUCAAACUUGCCAUUCGUACAUCCCACCGGUACAGUACUUUGAGAGCUGCGUCUAUGACCAGUGUGCUACAACUGGAAGCACUGAACAGCUCUGCAAUGCACUGGAAUCAUAUGCUGCAGCCUGUGAAAAUGCAGGAGUGAACCUUGGGGACUGGGAGAAAGACACUGUUUGCGAACGUCCCAUCAUCACAACACCAACUGCUGCAUCAACUCCAACAGCCCUACCAGGAGGUUGUCCUAUGGACUGCAACUUUGACAGUGGCUUAUGUGAAUGGACCCAGUCUACAACAGACAGGUUUGACUGGACAAGAAUGCAAGGCGCAACACCUUCCCCGUACACAGGGCCAUCUUAUGACCACACCUCUGGAGGCGGCCACUACGUUUAUAUUGAAGGCAAUCUUGCUGACACAGGAGAUGUAGCUCAACUGGUCAGUCCUGAAUGCACGGCUACGGGGCCUCAUUGCUUCCGAUUCUGGUAUCACAUGUAUGGAGUUGCUCGCACCAUGGCCCUGAAUGUGUAUCUGGUUGAAAAUUCAACUCCAGUACUGAUGUGGACAGAAACAGGCAACAAAGGAGACAGGUGGAAUUCAGCAGAGGUUGAACUGAACAUCUCAGGAAGAUUUAAGAUUAUCUUAGAAGGAGUGAGGGGCAAUGAUUAUCGAUCUGAUGUUGCUGUGGAUGAUGUGUCCAUUGAAUUCAGAUCCUGCUCAGGUACUCCGACAGUCACGCCCCCCACACCCUCACCAUCAACCACAACUACAACAGCAACAACCGUCACAACAAUAGGAUCCACGACUUCCGUGGAAACAGGUCGCAAGAACUGCAUUGCCUAUGGAGAUCCUCACUACACCACGUUUGACAACAGAGCCCACCACUUCAUGGGAACAUGCACCUACACCCUCGCCAAACUCUGCAGUGAAUCAUCUGCUCUGCCCUUCUUUGAAGUAACAACGACAAACGAGCACAGAGGAGGAAACACCAAAGUGUCUUAUGUAAAUUCAGUGCAUGUAGAUGUCUACAACAACACCAUCUCAAUGCUCAAGGCUAACAAAGUCAAUCUAAAUGGAAAGAGGGUAAAUCUGCCAGUGUCGAUAAAGGGGCAGCUAACAGUUGGUUUCAGUGGCCAUCAUGUUAUGUUGGAAACUGACUUUGGGCUCUGGGUAAAGUUCGAUGGAAACCAUUUUGUUGAAGUAUCAUUGCCAGAGAUAUUCUCAGGACUCCUCUGUGGUUUAUGUGGGAAUAACAACCAUGACCCUGCUGAUGACAUCAUCAAGCCUGAUGGAAGCUUGGCAAACAGUUCCACUGCCCUUGGUAACAGCUGGAGAGUGCCAGAUAACGACACAGAGUGCUCUGAUGGUACUGUUGGUGACACUGGUACAUGUGAUCCUGAUGUUGAAACUAACGCACAGAAAAACACUGCCUGCGGAAUCAUCUCUGAUCCAACAGGUGUGUUCCAGCACUGCCAUGCUAAAGUACCUCCUGAGAAUUUCUUUGAAAGCUGUGUGAUGGACAUGUGUGCUUCUGGAGGAGAGCCAUCUUCCUUGUGCUCAGCUCUGCAGUCCUAUGCUGACAUGUGCACUCAAGCUGGAGUCUGUGUAGAAUGGAGAAGCAGCACCUUCUGUCCAAUGUUAUGCCCUGCUAGCAGUGAAUUCAGGAGCUGUGGCACAGGAUGCCCAGCUACAUGCACUGAUGUCACUGCUCCCAAUAAAUGCAGCCUUCCUCCAGCCGAAGGCUGCUUCUGUAAAGAUGGGUACGUCCUGAGUGGAGAUCGAUGUGUUCCUCAGAGUGAGUGUGGCUGCAGAGAUGAGAACAAUGAUUACCAUCAGCUUGGAGAGAGCUGGUUUACCUAUGAUAACUGCAUUGAGCGCUGCCUGUGCAAUGGGACCAACACAAUCAUGUGUGCAGAGUGGCAGUGCGGAGUUCAGGAGAGAUGCGGAGUGCAGGAUGGGGUUCUGGGCUGCCACACCACUGGAAGUGCUUCAUGCCACGUUGCAGGAGACCCCCAUUACUUCACCUUUGACAAGGUGAUGCACACCUUCAUGGGAACCUGUGCCUACACACUGGUGCGUGUGUGUGACGCCCGCAGUGUGACUCCCGUGACAAUCACAGGGCUGAAUGAGUACCGAGGGCAACCAGGAGCCACAUACCUCAGAGAAGUCUAUAUCGACGUGUACAACACCAGGGUCACUGUGCAGAAAGGCAAAGCACUCUUGUGGAAUGGCCGGAGCAUCAGCCCCCUGUCCCGCACCUUUAAAAGAGGAAUCACAGUUACUACUCAAGGACUGUACACGCUGGUCCAGACUGAUUUUGGAAUGUCUGUCAAAUUUGAUGGAAAUCACCACCUAGAAAUAAUUCUCCCGCAUUCAUAUUCUUCCAAGGUGUGUGGCAUGUGUGGAAAUUACAAUGGUCUGCAGAAUGAUGAAUUGCUCAUGCCCGGCGGGCAGAUGGCACACAACGUCUCCCAGUUUGGAAACAGCUGGAAGUCAGCUGCAGACAGUCCCUCAGGGUGCCUGCCUGAUGAGAGAGAGCACCUGGGCCCGCUCUGCACUGCGCUGGAGAAGCCUGAGAUUGAAACGCAGUGCAAGGUGCUGCUGUCCGACACAUUUAAACCUUGCCAUCAUUUGAUCAGACCAGACCUUUUCAUUGAUAACUGUGUCUACGACAUGUGCAAAUAUCAUGGCAUGGUGUCGACGUUGUGUGACAUGAUCCAAGUGUACGUAGACGGCUGUGUGAGUGAGGGGGUCCACAUCAAAUGGAGGAACAGCACCUUCUGUCCUUUGUCAUGCCCACAGAACAGCCACUACACACACUGUGUGCCUGCCUGCCAGCUCACCUGCAGUGACAUCCAUGAGUCGACUCCCUGUGAUGAGCUAGCAGCAUGCCGGGAAGGCUGCAUGUGCAGCCAGGGCUAUGUCCUGAGCGAUGGCCAAUGCGUUCCUGUGAGGGAGUGUGGUUGCAGGGAUGAGGCCGGUAACUACUACAACGCUGGCGAUACCUGGAUCACUGCCCAUUGUGCCCAGACAUGCAGAUGUGGAGAAGGAGCACAGAUCCAGUGUGAUCCCUACAGCUGUGAAGCAGGGUCAAUCUGCACCCUAAACAACAAAGGAGAGUUCAGAUGCAAACCUACAGGGUUUUCAAGGUGCUCUGUGAAUGGGGAUCCCCAUUACCACACCUUCGACGGGCUUCUUCACCACUUCCAAGGCAAUGAAUCCUACACACUGGUCCGCACCUCAGAUCUGCCCCAGAAUCUGCCAGCAUUCCACAUAGCGGGCAGAAAUGAACCCGUGAAGGAGAACAAAAAGCUCACCAACCUCCGGGAGCUCCGAGUGGAGGUGUACAACCACACGGUGCAGCUGCAACAGAGAAAGACCGUGGUGUUGGAUGGUGAGAGAGUGUUCCCUCCAGCCUUCCCUCACGAUGGACUCCGAGUCACUCUCAGAACCUCCAGGAUACUCCUGGAGACGGACUUUGGCUUGUCGGUAGCCUUUGAUGGAGCAGGGAAUGCAGAUAUAACUCUUCCCAACACGUACAAGAAAAGAGUAGGGGGCCUGUGUGGAGAUUUUGAUGGAAAGUACAAAAACGAUUUUAGGAAGCCAGAUGGCACCCGAGUUACAGAUGUGAACGAGUUUGGAGAAAGUUGGAACGAUCAGAAGAGUGCAUUGAUCAUCAGCAGGGUAAGGGCGGCUCCAGAGGAACACGCUGAUGAUACUGAACUGAAUACUGGCAGCAUCACUGAGUGCGCAAUGCAGAUAAGUGUGAUCACCAGCUCCCUCUACUGUGGAGCAAUCUCCGACCCCCUGGGUCCGUUCCACCCCUGUCACAACGCCAUUCCACCUGAAGUGUACCAAGCGAACUGUGUCUUUGACCAGUGCUCUUCAUUCAAUGACACUGGAAUGCUGUGUUCCAGUCUGGAGCAGUAUGCACUGGCCUGUCAGGAAAGAGGGAUUGCCUUAGGAAACUGGAGAGAGAUAACUCCUUGUGAGAGGAGGUGCCCAGUGAACAGUCAGUACAACGCCUGUGCCACUGCCUGCCCUGCCUCUUGCGGGGACCUGGCUGCCCCUUGGGAUUGUGAAGCUCCAUGUCUGGAGGGCUGUGAGUGUCUGCCUGGCUUUGUGCUCAGUGGCCUGGACUGUGUGCCCUACAAGGAGUGUGGCUGUCUCUACCGGAACAUGUACUACAAGGCUGGGGAGAGUUUCAUCACAGUGGAUUGCACUCAGAACUGCACCUGCACUCACACUUCAGUUCACUGUGUCCCAAUGCAGUGUGCCUCCGAUCAGAUCUGCACCACUGCCAGCUUCAUUCGAGGAUGCUACAACGGGCUGCAGGGAAAUGAUCUGCUGUGAAGGGGAGGAGUGUUUCUACUAACCACAGUGAGUCUUGGAAAACCAUCACACAGGCUCCAAACUGCCAGGGAACCCAGACAAACACACAAGCUUCUAACCCUGCAUUUCAUGAGAGCAGAAACAAAUCUUAUUAUUAAUAAUAAUAAUAAUAAUAAUAAUAAUAAUAAUAAUAAUAAUAAUAAUAAUAAUAAUAAAAUCAGGAAUGUGUGGAGUGCUUUUCGCUUUUUUAAAAUUGUAUUUGCGUUCUGUUAAAAUGAAAGCUGUUUUGUAGGUUCAUAGUAGUGGAGCGCUUGUAAUUGCAUUUAAUAAACUCUUUUUUUUCUUAA